AUGCCGCCACUGGGAAAGAUGUCCGAGUUCGAUCCGAAAACGCAAAACUUCGAGUCGUACUUAGAGCGUUUUGAACAUUUCUUAACGGCUAAUGAUAUCGUUGACGCAAAGCGCCUUGCCGUCUUUUUGACAGUCAUAGGACCAGAGGCUUACGAAGUACUGAGAAGUCUUGUUGUGCCGGCAGCCCCGGGAGAAAAGUCGUACGCAGAAGUUAAACGCCUCCUGAAGGAGCACUACAGCCCCAGGAGUUCCGUAAUAGCAGAACGAUGCAAGUUCAACCGGCGCGUACAACAGGAGGGCGAAAGCGUGGAGGGGUUCAUCGUGGAACUUAAACAUUUAGUCAGGAAGUGUGACUACGGUGGCUUUUUGCAAGACGCCCUCCGAGAUAGGCUGGUUGCUGGCAUACGGAACGAAGAGACCCAGCGUGCUCUGUUUGCUGAACGAGAGCUGACAUUUGAUGGCGCUUGCAAAAUCGCCCUGGAUAGAGAACUAGCGGCGCGAGACACUGAACAACUACGGUCAAGAGAACGAGAGGCACCCGUGCUAGUCGUGAAAAGCCGACCACACCAGUAUCGGAGACCAGCUAAUCCUAAGCAUGUCGAAGCCCGCAAGAACGAAAAAUGCGCAAGAUGCGGCAGGGGACACUCGUCGGAAGAAUGUUGGUACAAAAACUUUAUUUGUCGCAAGUGUUCGGCUGUAGGUCAUUUGAAAAGCAUGUGCCCAGUUGCUAGAGCGAAGCCAAAAAACAUGCAUGCGCUCGAGUGUUCUGACGAUGACUCGGAGCAGGAACUGUACCAUGUCAUUAACGCCAACCAAUCAUCUUAUGAAGUGAGUGUGGAAAUAGAAGGGCGUAAACUGAAUAUGCAAAUUGACACGGGAGCGGCUGUCACAAUUGUCCCGGAGCAAGUGUACCUGUCCGAAUUUCCACACGUAAAAUGUGAACCUUGCAAAAUGUCGCUUCGCACGUAUACUGGGGAGCAAAUGCAGCUAAAAGGACAGUGUGACGUGGUGGUUAAGUACAACAAUCAGUGCAUGACUCUACCAGUCAUUGUUGUAAAAAACAAUGGGAGGAAGUCGCCUGUACUAAUGGGGCGAAAUUGGUUAGAACGUUUGAAGCUUGACUGGCUAGAAAUUGGCCAGAUUGCAGUUGAAGACAGAGUCGCGGUGCUAAAACAGAAGUACCCUUCCGUGUUUUCUAAAAAGCUGGGGACAAUACAAAAAUUUGAAGCAAAGAUUGUUCUGAAACCGGGUGCAGGUCCUGUAUUUUGCCGCGCUAGACCAGUUCCGUUUGCGUUGCAGGAAAGAGUUGAGCGGCAGCUGCGAGAACACGUGGAAACGGGCAUGCUGCGUCCUGUGCUCGAGCGUGAGGCCUCGGGUAAACAGCAGACAGUACAGGAAAAUAUUGAUAGUUUUCUGAUGGCCUACCGGAACACACCGAGCAGUGUGACAAGCAAAUCACCAGCUGAACUAUUUUUGAGGCGCCAGCCACGCAUAAAGCUUUCACUGCUCCAACCUGAUUUUGCAAAAUCCAUGCGAGACAAACAGGAAAAACUAAAAGAGCAGCGCGAUUUGUUUCGUGGGCAGGAGCGCAGCUUCGUGGUGGGGGACCGGGUGUUGGUGAAAACUGUGCGUGGUGAACGCGUUUCGUGGGAAGAAGGUGUUGUGAUCCAAAUUGUCAGUGCUGUGACAUAUAUGGUGAAAGUGCGCGAUCAACUCCGGUUCACACACGCCGAUCACCUGCGUCCUGGACAUGCCGACCCCGGCGAGACGCCCCCGCACGCGGAGGUGGGUGUAAAACAAACGACACCAGAAGGGCUACCGGCAGACGACCGCACUCCGACACCAAGACAACCGCAGGCAGACCAGGAUGGUCCCAGUUCCCCUGGGACGCCGGCGGACCCCGAUCGCAGAACAACACUAGAGCACGACGAAUCAGUACCGCCACCCACACAGCAGCCUGUACCGCAAGACUUGGCGGAGUCGCACGUGCCAGCGGCGCCAGCUGCACCCAACUCGGAGGAACAGCCGCCACUACGUCGGGGUGCUCGUGUGCGCCGGCAACCGGACUGGUUUAGAUCUGAGGACUUUAAGUAA